GAGGAAACCCUGUGCCGCCGCCCCGCCAUCUUGGACAGGCAGUCUCUCUCUCUCCCUCUCUCCAGCCCAGGCGACCUGCAGAUCCCUCCGGGAAGCCCACGGCGUCCAGACCAGCACCACAGACCCCGAGCCACAAUGGCCACUGCACCAUACAACUACUCCUACAUCUUUAAGUACAUCAUCAUCGGGGACAUGGGGGUAGGGAAGUCAUGUUUGCUUCACCAGUUUACAGAAAAGAAAUUCAUGGCAGACUGCCCUCACACGAUCGGCGUGGAGUUUGGGACGAGGAUAAUUGAGGUGAACGGCCAGAAGAUCAAGCUGCAGAUAUGGGACACGGCGGGGCAGGAGCGCUUCAGGGCCGUCACACGCAGCUACUACAGGGGAGCCGCUGGGGCACUUAUGGUGUACGACAUCACCAGGAGAAGCACAUAUAACCACCUUAGCAGCUGGCUUACUGACGCCAGGAACCUAACUAACCCCAAUACUGUGAUCAUUCUCAUAGGAAACAAAGCAGACCUAGAAGCUCAGAGAGAUGUGACGUAUGAAGAAGCCAAGCAGUUUGCAGAGGAGAAUGGGCUGCUAUUCCUGGAAGCCAGUGCAAAAACAGGUGAAAACGUAGAGGAUGCUUUCCUGGAGGCGGCGAAAAAGAUCUACCAAAACAUUCAAGACGGCAGCCUGGACCUGAACGCAGCCGAAUCGGGGGUCCAGCACAAGCCAUCUGCACCUCAGGGCGGCCGGCUAACGAGCGAACCACAACCUCAGAGGGAAGGAUGCGGCUGCUAAUGACCAACACCACCUGCCUACCUACCUAUCGACCUACUUACUUACCUACCUACCUACCCCACCCAGCACCACCCUAAACCUUCUCCUCAUGUUCUCCUCCUCCUCCUCUCACAUCACCCCAUCCAGGCCCCAAUCUGCCCUGUCCUGACCUGCAGCGGAGCACGAUCAGGGGCCGGAGACAGGAGGGGAACGACGGACAGGCUCAGCUGUUUCUCAUCCUCUCUUUCCCUUUCACGACUCGAUUCUCUCACUUGUUUGUCUUUUUUCAUGUCAUUGGUCUUUUUCCCCUCCCUCCUUCCCUCCAUCUGAUUUGGAGCACUGACUUGCUAUCGCUAUCCAUGGAUAGAUACACAGAUCACAUGGUACAGACCUGUUCUGAGGAAAAGUUGAGGUUACUGACUAUAAGAAGGCCGGCUGAGAGAUUCAAGCAGGUUAUGUAUUUUUUUUUAUUCAUUAAUUCAUUCAUUCGUUCAUUUUAUAGCUCCAUAAUUUGCACACACAUCAGUUUCUUUGCAAGAUUUUGCAAAUCCAGAGCCUCGUAGAAAGUAGUGCUCGGUUAAUGCCUCUCCCGCACGGUUCAGUUUAUGACAACGGUAUUAUUUAAGAAAAGCGGACAAUAUUAAUAGGAUUAUGCUGAGCUCAGUAAUGACGUUCGACCCUCAGCAUUGAGGGAUAGAGAUGUUUUCGUAAGACAAGAUGAUGUACAGUGCAGCUUCACGACUGUGAAAAAAAGAUGGUGUGGCAAGCAGUUAGCUGUGUGACUGUUUAUUUUAAGGCUUCAGAAAUAAAUGUGUGGGAGACCAAGUAAAAGCAGAGUGAGCUGGUCUUGGUCAGUGAGCUAGAUAGAUAGAUGGAUAGAUUUCUUACCUGUGCUCCACUGUUAGGUUGCCCUUUUUUGGACCUGCAGAAAGAAUAUACUGAUAUACUGACAAAACACUGAAUGAUUGAGAAACAGCCCUUUUAGAAUCUACAAAUUUGAUCUACAGCUUCUGUACAAAGAGAGAAGUCCCCAGAUGUUAUAUAUAUAUAUAUAAUGUGUAUAUGUAUGUAUUAUGUAUGUACGUACAUUUGAUGAGUGGAGGGGUAUUAUGAGCUCGUCAUGUUUGCUAGAUCUUGGUGGAGGUACAAAGUUGUAGGUGGUUGUAGUGGGUUGAGUCUUCACUCACAGAAAAUGACACUUUAAGGAAAGACGCCCAAACCCAACCUUUUUCACAUCCGCUCCAAUUAUCGAAAGCGAUUAUCGAUUUCUGCGUCAAGUCAACUAGGAGUCUACAGGCGGGAAUAUGAUACUCAGCAGACCAAUCACAGUUGCUGCGAUCUGCAUAACUGACAGUGUGACUCGUGGUUACAUUUCUGGGAAGGUCCACGUCAGGCUACAUCGAAGGCUAUGGCGUACAUUCAGACUCAAAAGUAUAAAUUAGCCUUUAUUUCCUCUUCCGAUUAUUCUGAUUUGUAUGUUUCAUUGCAUCAAUCCCCCACUCCACCUCCAUCUCUCUAAUGCUGCCUCUCUAUACGUUUUGUUUUUGCUGUUUCUGCUCGACCAUAUCAAAUACAACUCAUUCUGUCCAUACCAGCAUUUUCGUUGUUGUUGCCUUAUGAUAUUAAUGUUAAUCUUAUUAUUAUAUUAUUACCAUCACUGUUUCAUCUUACAUCGUUGCGACUUUGUUUGUGUUGUUGGACAGAUUGGAUUUCUCUUCGUCCAAAUAAAUCAUUACGGUUAUACAACAUCGCUACUUUUUAUUUUAGCUCUCGCAACAGAGCGCGAUAGGGAAAAGGUCUAGUGAACUGCGCUACGCUACGCUGCGCUGCUCUGCGAUAGACGUGCUUGUCUCGGGCUGUAAAUUUGACUGGCCGCUGUCAUAUAGGCUUGUAUAGUAAUUAACUUAACAGCAAAACUGCACAAACCCUAAAUCCCACCAAACCAGCUUCUGCUGCAGUGUUAGAAAGGAAUGGGGGUUUGGAUUGGACUUGUGUAUGUAUCAUUAUAAAAAUCUUCUUCUUCAGCAGCUGUAAAUAUGGCUAAAUAUCUGUUGGUGAUCAAUAAUGCAAUGGGGCGAGGGAGGGAGGGAGGGAGUGGCACAAUAGACAGCAUCACUGACUCUGUUGUACAGUUGUUCCGGGUCACUGGUAGGAAAUUCUUUAACAUUUUCUAUGACUAAUCGUGUGCGUGUGGACAGACUCACUCACUCUCUCUGCUCACUGGGUGUUCUACUGAAGCUCCACUAUGCACCUACCUGUUCUAUGACUAAAACAGUAGUAGCAGACUUUUAAAGCAUGGAUUGGUGCAGCACUCAGUUUGCAUCCUGAUUAAAACUCAGCUUCAAUCUGGCAAAACAAACAAACAAAUCAUCUUUCUAUUCAUGUCCUUAAUCAACUCUUACCUUUUACACACAAACAUUCUACUUUACUGAGGAGGUCAUGCUGUCUGGAGAGUGAGAGGUGUUUAUUAUUUUUUUAUUAUUUUUUUUGUUUGUUGUUUUUUUGAGGGUGGAGUCCACCUUAUGCUCUGUCCAUCUGAAUGACCACUUCUAUGUGCUCACACGAGUUGAAAGCGUAUGUAUGAAUUUAUACAUAUGUAUACAUUUUGAAGGAGCUGUGCUAACAUUUAAAAUGCGUUCUUGCGUGUAUAUGAUUUUAAAAUGUUGACAUUUUGAUUUUAAUAAUGAUAAUAAAAAUGUUCUAGACAGAAA